AAAACCGAAAACCUCGAUGAAGAAACCUGAAGAGGAAUUUAACAAACAAGAAAUAAUUGCCCUAGAAAUGGCCAAAUUCUGCAAGGGCCUUGCUAUGGAACUGGUCAAUUGCCUCAGUGAAUCAGACAGUGUAAAGGUUAGGUGGGACAACCGGCCAUAUGGAGAAUGUGCCAAGGAGCAGAACCCGAAAAUUUCAAGCGAGUGUGUGGGACUAAGAGAAACGUAUUUCAAUUGCAAGAGAGGCCAGUCAUGUCUUCUUUCUUUACCAUAUUAA